AUGUCGCCUGUAACAGUAACAUACGAGAAGAAGCUCAACCGGCCAGCAAACAUGGUGAUUACUUCUAGGAAGAGCGAGUGGACUGUGGUCAAGGUGACACGCUUUGAUCGCAAAAGCUGUCUUUUGCUCGUCUGUUUUCUCAUUGUUGGCAUGAGUUUGUGCUUAUGUUACAGCGCUGUCGGCAUUGUCGAAAAGCUUGUUCACAUUAGGGCCUCUCAAAUGCAAAGCGAAGGAUUUGAGAGGCAAAGCAGCAGGCCGAGGACGCGCAGCCAUGGUCCUGUUCGACGAACUGCGCAGGAAAUCGAGCUAGAGGAAUACAAUUUGGAUAGAUCUGGAUUUCGCCUUCCCUACGACGGUCCCAAGCUCACGAGACCCCUUCAGGGAGAAUGGGGAUAUAAAGAGCUUCCACGCCACAAGCUCUACUACUGGACUCCAAGCGAGUGGCCAUCCAAGCCAGAUUUUCUGUCGGAUGACGAGUACAGGCGCCUAAAAGAGGGGUGGAAACAUCCCAAUGUCAUGAUCCCUUAUUGCACGGUGGACGACGCAGUGAUCGAAGCGAUUGACAUAAAGGUAGAUUACAUGGCCCGAGCAAUGCUAAACGGGUGGAACACACCUUGAGUUUGUGCAUCCGCCAGUUUAAAUCGCUCUCUUAUGUCUUAGUAAGUUCAACCAAGAGUGAAAGAAGAUA